UGAUCAUAAAAUUGUUUCCCGCCAAGAGGUAGCUAAAAGUUUGUUUGGCGGUGUUUUUGUCUAGGAAGGAGGAUUUAGGAGGUUCUGAUAUCAAAUUUCUUGUCUGGAAUCUAACAAAGCACAGCCGUGUAAAAGCUCAGUCUCUUUAUAAGCUCACAAGUUAAGUCGUACAAAUGGCAUCGAAGGAAGAUGAAGCGGCCGCUGCUCAGCCGCUAACCAGCGAUCAUGACAAAGAAACGAACGGAGAUGCUCUCCCAGCUGUUGAAGUCAAUGGACAAGUUGGCCUUAAAAAGGAAGUCACCCUUCUAAAUGGCAUUGCUCUUGUUGUUGGUGUGAUUAUCGGCUCCGGAAUUUUCAUCUCACCCAAAGGUGUCCUCAAAUGGACUGAAUCAGUCGGAAUGAGUUUGGUCGUCUGGGCAGGAUGUGGUAUUCUCGCUCUCCUUGGCUCCCUCUGCUACUGUGAAAUGGGUACCAUGAUCCCUAAAUCCGGUGCUGAGUAUUCUUAUCUCUACGAAGCCUUUGGUCCUCUACCAGCAUUUCUUUAUAGUUGGACGCUCGCUUUGAUCAUUCGCCCAUCUUCACUCAGUGUCGUGGCCCUAACCUUUGCACGUUAUGUUAGUCAGCCCUUCUUCCCCGACUGCGAAAUCAGUCCGAUUCCUGUCAGAAAGAUCUUAGCAGCAACAUGUUUGGCUCUGACUAUGUUUAUAAAUUGUGCAAGUGUUAAAUGGGCCACACGCAUUCAGGAUUCCUUCACUUUUGGAAAACUUAUUGCUCUUGCAAUUCUGAUCGUGAUUGGUCUCAUUGAGGUUGGAUCAGGUAAUCUUCAAAACUUUAAGGGAUCUUUUGAUGGAACUACUUCAAACUUGGCAAAUAUUGGAUUGGCUUUCUAUUCAGGCCUCUGGGCUUAUGAUGGAUGGAAUAGCUUAAAUUUUGUCACUGAAGAGAUGAAGAACCCAGCUAGGGAUUUACCAAGGGCUCUCAUGAUUGGAAUCCCUCUAGUAACCAUUGUUUACCUUUUGACUAACAUUGCCUACAUUGCUGUUGUUGGAGGACAUGGCAUUUUAAACUCAGGAGCUGUGGCUAUGGUUGUUGGAGAGGAGAAGAUGGGACCUGUUGCUUGGUUGAUUCCAAUCUUUGUUGCAUGCUCCACCUUUGGUUGUGUGAAUGGACUGGCUUUCAGUGGUGCAAGGUUGGUGUUUGUGUCAGCUCGCAAUGGUCACAUGCCUAAAAUACUUGCCAUGGUUCACAAGACUUGUCAUACUCCUAUGCCUUCCAUCAUUUUCUUGCAUGUCAUUGCCAUGAUCAUGUUGAUUCCUGACUCCAGUGAAUUCAGCACACUCGUCAACUACUUCAGCUUUGCUGCAUGGCUCUCAUACUUUGCAGUCAUCACAGCUCUGAUGUACCUUAGGUGGAAACGUCCAGAUGCUAAGAGACCAUACAAGGUCUGGCUGAUUGUGCCUAUCGUUGCUGACCUGGCAGCCCUUUAUCUGCUGAUCACUCCAUUCUGGCAGGAACCUAAGGAGUCUGCCAUGGCCCUGAUCUUCAUCGCUCUCGGCAUACCUGUCUAUUUCUUCUGUUGUUAUUGGAGCAAAACAAAGGAUGCAUGCGACGGAUGCUGUGGACGUUUCACUUACAACGUGCAGAAGUGGUUUAACUUCUUUUUGCCCGGGAGUGAGGAAGAUUCAGAGGAAACCAUGUUAAAAGACUGAUUUUAUUUCUUACAUUUGCAUGUAUUUAUU